AUGUCUACAGCGGUCAUUUCCAUUCCGUAUGCUGCUGCGCUAGGCGCGUGCGCUCUUUUCUACUUUGUUAUCUAUCCUGUAGUCGUUUACUUCCGCGAUGUGAAUGGUCUUCGGCGUUACCCAAACAUGCACCCGCUCUCGGGCAUAUCUUCGAUCCCGUUCAUGGUGCUUGCGCACGGCGGAGCGCGGUCCACCUACCUUGAGAAACUACAUCGAAAGCAUCCAGUAAUCCGUGUGGGCCCCAACUUCCUCUCGUACGGCGACCUUCGAGCCGUGAAAGACAUCUACGGUCAUAACACUCCCUGUACCAAGGACGGAUCGUACGUUGUCACUGCAGGCUCGCAUUACCAUCUUGCCGAUGCCAUCGACAAGCAUGAUCAUGCGCGGAAGAGGAAGCUGAUGAGCUCUGCGUAUGCGAUCAAGAACCUGGAGGGCUGGGAGCACAAGGUAGCCGACAAGACGCAGAAGCUACUAAAGCACUUUGACGAGUGCUGCACCUCACCAUUGCCUCCUGGACAGCUACCGAAGCCUGAGGACGUGAACCUCGAUUAUCGGAAGUGGACAAACUUCUUCACACUAGACGCUAUCGCCGAUAUUGGACUUUCCGACAAGCUUGGAUUCCUCGAUCGGGGCCACGACAGGGUUACUGGACGGAGGACAGACGGGUCAACAUACGAAUGUGAUUUCAGACCAGCACUUUACAACACAGCUCGGAAACAGUCGUUGUUGGUCUGGCCAUACGACUGGUAUCCGCUCAUCAACAAACUCUCGAACGUCAUCCCCUUCUACAAGCGCAUGAGCGACUACGCAAACGAAUGGGAGGGCGUACCGGUUCAACUCGCCCACAAGCGUCUGGAGCGGUACAGAGCAGGGGAGAAGCUCGACGACUUCUUCCAAACGCUGAUGGAAGACAAGAACGGCCAUCCGAACAAUCUGGAAUGGGGCGAGAUCAUCGCGGAAGUGAGCAUCAUGAUGAACGCCGGAUCAGCUACGACAGCGAUUGCGAUGGCUAAUGUCAUGUACCAAUUGAUCAAGCACCCAGAUAUCAAGAUGAAGUUGGUGCAAGAGAUCGAUUCGGCACUGGAAGACGAGGAGGAGGAAGGCGAUGGGGUAGUCGCUUACGACAGGGUAAAACACCUACCAUAUCUCCGUGCAUGCCUCGACGAAUCGCUCCGGCUCUUCCCACCAACACCCCAUGGACUCCCGCGACAGACGCCAGCCGAGGGCGUCAACAUCCUUGGUGACUACAUUCCGGGCGGAGUCUCCGUCGCCAUGUCUGCAUAUGUUGCGCAUCGGCAGGAAUCCGUGUUCCCGCACGCCGACAAGUUUAUACCGGAGCGCUGGUUGGGUGAAGAAGGCAAGGCCUUACAGCCCUACUUCCUGGCCUUCUCGGCGGGUGCAAGGGGAUGCAUCGGACGCAACAUCUCGUACCUAGAGCAGACUGUGGUUUUGGCGAGUGUGUUGAGGCGGUAUGAUUUUGCGCUGAGUAGUCCGAAUUGGGAGCUUCAGCGGCUAGAGACGAUGAAUUGGAUCCUAGGGGAGAUGCCUGUGAAGAUUUGGCGACGGGGGCGGACAUCGACCAGGUAG